GUUUUGUGAUUAUGGAGGUUUUUAGCAUAGUUCUAAAAUUGUUACAUAUGUGUGUUAACUGUCUCCGCAGACUGUAAUUCAGUGGACAGGAGUAUAUAUUUCCUCCACAAAAGCACUGCGUCGUGUUCGGAGUUCGUAUUUCACAUCUUUCAUAGUGGACAAAGAACUGUCACUUUGAAAACUAGUAGGUGCUGUGUGUUGGUUUCGAAAGCACUAACAUUUAAGCGUGGCUAAACAUUAUCUUCGAGUGAAGUUUUGCCUGUGUAAUUAUUAAUGUUGUGUUUCUAAUACCACAUCGUUGUUCGCGUCAUAAACUACCCGACUUUUUUGGCCAAGCCUUUUCCACCUGUGGUGAAAUAAUUGAUGUUCGUAUUUCAUAAUGAGCGUGACAUAAACGUGGUGUAUCAACAUGUGGCAGACUUGAGCAAACCAUUGCAGCAUAUGUUAUGAAGAAUAUUCUCCUCAUUUUAUGCAUUUUAGUUGAAUAUUAUUUUUUACUUCAGUAACAGUAUAGGAACGUACAAUUACUUAUGUGGGUGAGAUGAUAUUUCCUGGGGCUGUGAAGUAGAAGAAAGUUAAAGUGUACAUAAUAGUAUAUUUGUGCCAUGACGGACACCCGGAGACGAGUGAAGCUGUAUGCAUUAAAUGCUGAUCGACAGUGGGAUGAUAGAGGAACUGGUCAUGUCUCAUCCACUUAUGUUGAUAGACUCAAAGGAAUUUCUCUGUUGGUGCGCGCUGAAUCUGAUGGCUCCCUGCUCUUGGAGUCCAAGAUUCAACCUGACACUGCAUACCAAAAGCAGCAGGAUACACUUAUUGUUUGGUCAGAAGGAGACAAUUUUGACCUAGCUCUUAGUUUUCAGGAAAAGGCCGGCUGUGAUGAAAUUUGGGAAAAAAUAUGUCAGGUUCAGGGAAAAGAUCCAUCGGUUGACAUUACUCAGGACAUUGUUGAGGAAUCCGAAGAUGAACGUUUCGAUGAUAUGUCAGAUUCAGCACCUCCAAUAGAGCUGCCUCCUUGUGAAUUAAGUCGCUUAGAAGAAAUUAAUGAGCUUAUGGGAAGUAAUCUGACAUCCCCUAUGAGGAAGGAGAAAUUGGCUGUGGCUAUUGAAAAUGAAGGCUACAUAAGAAAGUUAUUGAAUUUGUUCCAUAUGUGUGAAGACCUAGAAAACACUGAAGGUCUUCAUUACCUAUAUGAAAUAUUCAAAAAUAUAUUUUUGCUUAAUAAAAAUGCAUUGUUUGAAGUCAUGUUUUCAGAAGAUACAAUAUUUGACGUGGUUGGAUGCCUGGAAUAUGAUCCCGCAUCCCCAACUCCAAAACGUCAUCGGCAGUACCUGAAACAGUUGGCUAGGUAUAAGGAGGUUAUACCAAUCACAAACCCUGAGCUACUGGCAAAAAUUCAUCAAACGUACCGUGUCCAGUACAUUCAGGAUGUUGUUCUUCCCACACCAUCAGUGUUUGAGGAUAAUAUGCUUUCCACUUUAUCAAGUUUUAUUUUCUUUAAUAAAGUAGAAAUUGUGCAGCUUAUACAGGAUGAUGAAAGGUUUCUGACGGAGCUGUUUGCUUUACUGACAGAUGAGUCAACAGAUGACUUGAAACGUAGAGAUCUGGUGCUGUUUCUCAAAGAAUUCUGCAAUUUUUCUCAAAAUUUGCAGCCAUUAGGCAAAGAGUCAUUUUAUAAGACCUUAUCCUCCUUGGGAAUACUGCCCGCUUUGGAAAUAACUCUUGGGGCUGAUGAUCCUCAGACAAAAACAGCAUCUAUAGAUAUCCUUACAUAUAUAGUCGAAUAUUCUCCGUCCGUUGUUCGCGAAUAUACUCUGCAACACACCAAUAACACUGACGAGGAUCAGAUGUUAAUUAAUGUCGUUAUAGAGCAAAUGAUCUGUGAUACUGACCCUGAACUUGGGGGUGCUGUACAGCUUAUGGGAAUUCUAAGGAUACUUCUUGAUCCAGAAAAUAUGCUUGCUUCUUUGAAUAAGUCCGAGAAGACAGAUUUUUUAAACUACUUUUAUAAGCACAGCAUCCAUGUUUUAAUUGCACCUCUUCUUGCGAACACAGUGGAGGAUCGGCCUGCAAAGGAGGAUUAUCAGACUGUACAGCUGCUUGGCCUUAUCCUGGAACUUCUCUCGUUUUGUGUGGAACAUCAUACAUACCACAUUAAAAACUGCAUUCUUAACAAGGAUCUUCUUAGGAGAAUCCUUGUUCUUAUGAAAUCUACUCACACAUUUCUUGUUCUCUGUGCUCUCAGGUUUAUGCGCAAAAUUAUUGCCUUAAAAGAUGAAUUCUAUAACAGAUACAUAAUCAAAGGAAACCUUUUUGCCCCAGUAAUUGAUGCAUUUAUAAGAAAUAAUGGACGUUACAAUCUUCUCGACUCAGCUAUUUUGGAAAUGUUUGAAUUCAUAAAACUGGAGGACAUAAAGUCAUUAUGUUCACAUGUUGUGGAAAAUUUUGGUAAAGUGUUAGAUGAUAUUGAUUACGUGCAGACAUUCAAAGCCUUGAAACUGAGAUAUGAUCAGCGACAAGACAAACUGAAAGAUCGGGACAGAGCUGCACUUGACAGUGUGCCUUCAAUACUGCGAAAUAGUAGAUACCGCAGAGAUCAGCGCCAGCUUGAAGAGGAAGAAGAAAUUUGGUUCAAUGAAGAUGAUGAUUUUGACGAUGGUGAAGCUGUUGUACCUGCAGCCAAUGAUAUACUUGGCAAGAAGCUGGACACAGAUUUGGACUCCAUAGGUAAAAUAAUUGACAAAAAGGCAGAGGGAAAUGGUCCAAAACUAAUAAACAGUACCAGUAAAACUGGAGGAAUCUUAAAUAACAAUUUAACAAAUAGCGCAACGGGCGGUUCUCCUCAAAGUCCAUCUGGGGGUGACGUAAAAUCAACAACACUGUUCAAGAAGUCUGUUUUUCAGGCGUUGGUUGAUUAUGAGGGAGAUUCAGAUGAAGAAGAAGACGAAGAAGGAACUGACGUUCUUACAUCUCCAGCAAAACGUGCCCGGUUGACAUAGUGUUCUGUUUCCGUUAUGCUACGUUACAAGUCUGUACAGUCAUGUGAAAGUGGCAUGUAUACCUCAACAGUGUGUAAAACUACAGUCAGUUCUGUGUGAAGUUGUGAAGUUCAGAAGUGACUGGUUGUUGUAGAUAGCAUUUUUAAAUCUCGGUCUGGUGAACUCUUUAUUGUUCCUUUACUGUGCUUGUGAAAAUAAGUGAAGUACAUGUCUCACUGGGUAGAGGUGCAGGACCUUUGAAACAAGGUGUAAUGUCACAAGUAAAACUUCAGAGCUCAUAAAUAUUUUCACUGCCUUACAGCCUCCCAGUGCUGCACUUCCAAACUACAAACGAUUUCAUUAUGUACUUGUUAUUGUUAAUACAAGAAAUGAUGCAGUGUGAAGGACAAGACAAAGUAACACAAUUGUAAAUAUGCCUCAUCAUUGUAUCAUUAUGACUAGGCAUUUGUGGUUUGGUAGACUAGCUUUUCUUGAACUGUCCUGAAAGCAUAUUUGAAAGGGCAGUGAACAUUGUGUGUGUGUGUGUGUGUGUGUGUGUGUGUGUGUGUGUGUGAUCAAGAGAUAUGGAUAUGUAUGUGGCAUCUCAAUGUUUUCAGAAGAAAGCUGGUACAAAUGUUCAAAAUUAUCUUAGGUCCCUUUCAUGAGCAUGUGUGUAAAAUGUGUGAUUAAUCUGAACUUCUGAUGUGUAUAUGUAUCAAACUAUUUGAGUGAGAACUGUAACCUAAAUGCAGAGUUGUUUGGCCAAAAAGUCAAUUCAAUUUAUUAGUUAUUACUUCAUUUUUAAAUCUACAUUAUUGGAAGCACAAGUUUCUCCAUGUUCAACUAUGCAACAGAGUAUUUCAGCUUAAUUAUUUAGUUGUUACCAUUUUCGAUGAAAAAGGGAAAGUAUAUCUUACAAAUUCAGGUACAGCACUGCCUUACAUAUCACAAACACAUGCAUUUCCUUUUUCCUACAUAGAGUUUCACCUGCAAUUACUGAACAGUGUAAUUGGUGUAAUAAGUACUCUGUGUAAGAGCCAGCCUGUCAUUUGUUUCUGGAGUCAGUGGCAUUAUGUCACAGUGAUAAGACUUGAAAUUGGGUUGUUCAUUCUGCUGUAAUUGUGCUCGUAUAAAAUUAAUAUGGUCAUGGCUUUAAGGACAGACCUGUAAAUAUGAUGGCCAUUAUAUUCUGUAUAUUUUGUGCUAUGUGCAGUGUGGACAUACUUGAGUAGCACAGAACAUAUGACAGUUGGAUGAAACAGUGAUAGCAGUAACACAGUGGUGAACUUUAAUAAUCAUUUACACUACUCAAAUGUAUAUAAAGUGCUGGGAGAUGGAAUUCCCACUUUUUGAUGGCUGUCUCUGAUGCAUUGUUGAAAGGUAUAUAAAGAAGGUAUUAAGUACUUUCUGAAUGGGUUGUGUGAAUGGUUCAGUCAUAGACUCAUGUUCAGCAGUGUUUAAAGAAAGUACUUAGAAUAACACAAUACAUGGUAAUUGUUGUGUGACUCUUUGGGUGUAAUAUAUCCCAGAAAGUGAAACAGUAACAUUAGACAGGUGUCUGACAUUAAAAUGUCAGUUGAUGUACUGGUGUUGUGACAAAGUGCUUCAAGGGAAGGAAAUAUUGUACAGUGCCUGAGGACCAGACCAUGGCAUCGAUUCAUCACCUUCAUAGUUUACAAAGUACUUAGGGCAAUGGGUUUGGACUAUAGCAGUUGUAGACUUUAUUUUCCCAUUUCAUAUUUUUCUGUUCUUGUGGUCUAGGAAGAGUUACGCAAUUGAAACAUCCAUUUGGUAUUUUUCUGUUCAUAACAUAGAGGAAGUUACAGUUGAAAUAUACAAGUUGUUCCUAAAUUUUAAAUUACGUGUUACUAUCUGGCUAGAGAGAAUUUUGUUUUUAUUCACUGAAAUUAGACACUGUUACAGUAUUUGUGGUUGACAAGUAGCUCCUUCUGUGCAGGAGUUAAGUAUUUGUAAAUUCAACAUUCAUUCAUACAUUGUAUGUGCCAGGCUUAAUAAUUUUUAUCAAAAUGUUCAAAAGGAGUUCAAUAAUUCUAUCAGCAUAGUUGUUAGAAUGGUUGGACUCAUUGUUUUUGUAUUAUGUAUGUGAUAUUUUUCCUCCAUAUUUCCUUUGUCAGUACACAUCAUAUUUUCUGAUAGUACAUUCUGAAAAAUGUUAUUAUUUGAACAAUAGCUGCGUCAGAUGCCAAUUAUUACUUUAUUUUACCUGUCGAAAUACACUUUGUUUUUUGAAGGCUUCUGAGAGUAACCGCAGAUUCUGUUUUCUCAAUUGUAUGUAAUCUACAAAGUUCUGCGGACAUGAUAUUCUUCUCUGUGCUUGUUGUUCAGGUGUAUCACUCACCUAGUGGACUGAAUUAUCAAGGUCUGUGUUUGGACACUGCAGACAUACAGCAGUAGUGAUUGUAGUAUAGUGAAUUCAUUCAUACAUUCAUCACCACCAUCACUGUUUUACUUGUAUAGGGAGUGAGGGACACCCAUUGAGCUGAAAGGGAAGCUAUGCAGUUCCUUCAUAUUAUGGAUUUGAAACUCUUCCACUCUCAGCUCUUGUGAGAUGAAACUAGAGGCAAGACCCUCACACUCUGUACUUACAUUAAGGAGAGUAAAAUAAUUUUGGGCUCAAGUAUUGUUUGGAUUCCUUGAUUCCAAGUGAAAUCCAAACAUUACUGAUUAUUUUAACUCUCCAUCGUCUCGUCCAUUGUCAUCCCUUUCUAACAGCAUAUUGCCAUUGCUAUAACAGAUUUAGUCUACAUGUUUUGUAGAAUCAUCCAGAGAGAAAUUUUUAAUUGUAAAUUGUACUCAAGUUACAUUCAAAAAAUAAAAAAAAUGAUGUGAA